ACUCAACAAACCAUAGACUGAAAGGAUAUAGCCAUGUCAGCCACUCACCAAGAUCCAGUCAUGCCAAUUGCCGUCACCGGCAUCGGUGGCCGCUUCCCAGGGAAUGCAUCAAACCCUGAUAAGCUCUGGGAAGUUCUGCUGAAUGGCGAGAGUACUCUGACAGAAACACCAAAAAACCGAUUCAACAUAGAUGCAUUCUAUCAUCCCCAUGCUGAACGGUCUGGCGGGCAGAACUUCCGUGGCGGCCACUUCAUGGAUCGCCCUGUUGAUGCUUUUGAUGCACCGUUCUUUUCCAUCACACCCAACGAGGCCAAAGCCAUCGACCCUCAGCAACGCAUGUGUCUAGAGGUAGCCUAUGAAGCCAUGGAAAAUGCCGGACUCACACUCGACGCAGUCUCUGGAACGAACACGUGCUGCUAUUUCGGAGCUUUCAAUUAUGAUUAUCAGAAGAUCUUGGAACGAGAUCCUCAUGAUAUGCCCUUCUAUGCAGGGACAGGAACCGGGAUUGCAGCUAUCGCGAACCGUGUAUCGUGGUUCUAUAACCUGAUUGGGCCGAGCGUGAGCAUUGAUACAGCAUGUUCAUCCUCACUAGUCGGGCUUCAUCUCGCAUGCCAGACCCUGCGGACCGGAGAGUCUGAUAUGGCAUUGGUGGGAGGGGUGAACCUAAUAUUGACACCCGAAAGCAACCUAACAUUGUCCACCUUACACUUUGUCUCUCCCGACAGCAAGUCCAAGUCCUUCGACGAAAAGGCCGAUGGCUAUGGACGCGGCGAAGGGACGUGUUGCCUAGUACUCAAGCCCCUAGAUAAGGCCAUUCGGGACGGGGAUGUCAUUCGAACAGUGCUUCGAAACACGGGAUGUAAUCAAGAUGGCAAUACUCCGGGGCUCACUCAGCCCUCGCGUAGCUCGCAGAAGAACUUAAUCCGCCGAGUGUAUGAGGAUGCAGGACUGAAUCUGGAGGAUACGGGGUACUUUGAGGCACAUGGCACGGGUACCACAGCAGGGGACUUGACAGAGACGCGGGUGCUUGGGGAAACGAUUGGCAAAGCCAGGCCUUCCGGACAGCCGCUCUGGGUGGGAUCUGUCAAGGCUAAUCUCGGACACCUAGAAGGCGCCAGUGGCCUAGCCGGCAUUGUAAAAGCAAUAUAUAUCCUUGAAAGCGGAAAGAUUCCACCCCAGAUUUGGUUCGAGAAGCUCAAUCCCCGUAUCCAGCUUCAAGAAUGGAAUCUGGCCGUGCCGACGGAGCUGAUGGAGUGGCCGUACGACGGGGCACGGCGCAUCAGCGUUAAUUCUUUCGGGUUCGCUGGAGCAAAUGCCCAUGCGAUUCUAGAAGACGCAUGCUCUUAUUUGAGGACUCAUGGAUUGGAAGGGCACCACCACACUAACAUCAACGGGCUCCCGAUCAUGUCUCCUAAAGGCGUCUCAGACAGUCGAAGGAGGGAGUCCCCUGACUCUGGGUACAAUAGCAGCACUAGUGUUGAAGAAAGCGUCACAUGGUCGGGUGCGUCCCCAAAGCUCAUUGUGCUAUCGGCAUACGAAGAAUCCGGUCUGACGCGAAUACUUGACUCGUGGAACAACUACCUGAAAACCAAGGCGUCCCAGCUCCCCAUAGCGAGAUGGCCCCGUUUGGUGGAGGGCCUUGCUCACACUGCUGCAGCAGGUCGGACGCGUUUCCCUUGGAAGUCCUUCAUCGUGGUCUCGCCACGGGAAGUGACUAGCAAGGCGACAAUGGCAAGCCCGAUCCGCUCCUCGCGGCGCCCUAAGCUUGCCUUUAUUUUCACCGGACAGGGCGCCCAAUAUCAUGGAAUGGGGCACAGCCUAAUGGCCUACGAAGAAUACUGCAACAGUAUCAACGCUGCGGACGCAUACCUCAAAAGCCUCGGGUGUUCCUGGUCGCUUAAGGAAGAGUUGGCGCGAGACGAGCAGUCUUCUAGAGUGAAUGACCCUGAAUACAGCCAACCAUUGUGUAUAGCGGUACAGGUGGCCCUGGUAGACCUCUUGAGGAGCAUCGGCAUCUCUCCCGUGGCGGUUGGUGGUCAUUCAGGCGGAGAAACCGCGGCAGCGUAUGCCAAAGGAGCAAUCACGGCCGAGGCCGCGUGGGCAGUUGCAUAUCAUCGCGGAAAGCUCGCUGGCAUACUCUCCACAAUCAGGCCUGAGGUGCACGGAGCGAUGCUAGCAGUUAACAUCAGCGAGGCAGACAUACUUCCCUACAUUGACAAAGUCACAAAGGGGGACAUCGUAGUUGCUUGCGUCAAUAGUCCAGGCAGUGUCACUAUUUCGGGUGACGCAUUUGCCAUUGCGGAAAUGGGAAAUAUCCUCAAGGAGGCCGGCAUCGUGGCAAAAGAACUCAAGGUCAACAUAGCCUAUCAUUCACCACAUAUGGAAAUCGUCGCAAGCCGCUAUCGUGAUCUUCUCGGCUCCAUCGAGCCUCUUCCCGGAGCCAGCCAGGAGCCUAUGAUGUUUUCGAGCGUGACCGGUGGACCUAUCAACAACUGCGAUUUGGGCUCCGAGUAUUGGGUGAGAAAUCUCGUUAGCCAGGUCAGAUUCAGCGACGCAAUCCAAGCAAUGGCCUCCUAUAGCCCGCGCACAUCGGCCAAAAAGACCCCGGAUUAUUGUUACGUCGAUGCAAUAGUGGAGAUUGGUGCUCAUGGAGCCCUACAGACCCCCAUGAAGCAAACAUUAACCGCGGCUGGGGCAAAAUGCGAGGUGCUUGGUGUCCUGCACCGGAAAAAGGACCCCAGGGUUGCAUUUCUUAAUGCCGUGGGUCUUCUCUUCCAGCGAGGCAGCGAGGCGGACAUAGCCAAAGCCAACCGGAAUACUACACUUGACCGGCCGCUACAGAUACUGGUCGAUCUUCCUCCAUUCCCGUGGAAUCACAGCAACCGGUACUGGCAUGAAUCAGCCAUUGCAACCAAUUUCCGCUUCAAGGAACACCCACGGAAAGACCUAUUGGGCGUUAGAGACGACGAGGGCAAUCCUUCCCAGCAACGCUGGCGCCACUUUCUCCGUCUGUCGGAGAACCCAUGGAUUGCGGACCACAUGGUGGAAGAUAGAAUCCUAUAUCCCGCCGCCGGGAUGCUUGUAAUGGCCCUGGAAGCAGCUCGAGAGACAGGCGACCUCAGCCAAUCCGUUGAUGGGUAUGAGCUGCGUGAUGUGGUGAUCCGCAGCCCGUUGCUCAUACCGCGAACUGGAGACCAGCCAGAGACGAUGAUCCAUCUGCAACAUCGUGGUCUUGUGGCUCAAACUUUGCAACAGCCGUCCUGGCAGGAGUUUAACAUAUACUCCCGAAUGAAACACAGGGCCUGGACCCACCAUUGCUCGGGCCUGGUGCAUAUUCAGUUUACAGCCAAAGGAGGCGACAGUAUGUCGGGUAUGGCUUACGAAAAGACCCAAUGGGACGAAAAGCAUCGGACAGCAUAUCACAGGGCAAGCCAUCAGUGUCAGUCCACCGUACUCCCGCAGCAAUUCUACGGCCGGUUGGCAGAGCAUGGUCUACAACUUGGGGAGGCAUUCCAGAAUCACAUAGAGAUCCACAAAAAUCAGACGCAGGUAGUGUGUGCGAUCAAGAUUCCAGAUGUGUCUGGGUGGAUGCCAAUGAAAUUCACCCACAACCACUUGAUUCACCCCUGUACACUGGAUAGCUUCCUGCAAAUGAUCAUGGUCACCCUCAGUGAAAAUAUGCAAGAAAAAGGACUAGCACUUCCUGCGUCGAUCGGCAAGCUCUGGAUCUCUGAAGCUAUGCCAACCAAGCCAGGAACCAUCCUACAUGCAUAUUCGGACGUCAAGCCUCACGGUCUGAGAAAUGCACAAAUGGACGUUCACAUCUCGACAGAUGACUGGGAAGGGCCUCUGGUGGCAAUGGAAGAAAUCACGGUAACCAGAGUGGCCGGGGACUCAAAUGCUCUAGAUGAUCAGGCCGCAAAUGACAGCGCUAGAAGGAUUGUGAGCUGGAUGAACUGGCAAGAAGACAUAUCAUACCUCAACGGUCAGGGACUGAAGGAAUUUUGCACAGGUUCUGAAAUUAAUGGAACAUUGCAAAAUCCACUGGUGACUUUCAUGGGGUUUCUAGGGCACAAAUAUCCUGAUCUAAAUAUUUUGGAGAUCAAUGCAGAGGAUGACAAAAUAACGGAACAGAUCCUCGGCGCCUUGCAACCGGUUGACGGCGAAAAGACACCGUGGUUCAAAGGCUACACAGUCGCGACCAUUGGAGAAGCAACGGUGGCCAUGUUUAACGCUAAGUCCCAGGCAUGGGGCUCCUAUUUCAAAACGAUUGACUUGUCGCCCGCUCAGGAGUCUCAGCACCACGCCAUGUCAGGUCACGAUUAUGACUGCAUCAUCAUGCACCGUGCCGAUCCUGAAGACGAUGAUGCAAUCGCGAGAGCGAGAGGUCUGUUGAAAGACCGUGGUACUUUGGUGAUACUAUGCCGCAACAUUUCAUCCAGAACGGAAAGUGACUGGAAGAACGUACUGCGCAGAAACCGCUUCAGGGAGAUUGAGAUUUCCAUCUUUGACAAUACAGCACAGCAAUCUUCGUUCAUACCAUUCAUGUUGACUACCGCCAUGGGAGAACCGGACAGCCCAAUGCCCGAAAGUAUCCUCAUUGUCGAUCCCCCGGGGGAGGGUUUCCGGGCACACAACCUAUCUGCAUCUGUUUCAAACAUUCUCCACAAUCAAAACGUGUCUACGUCGCAUGUCAGCUUAUACGAGACAAAAGAUCUGAAUCUCACCAGCCAGUGCUGCAUCGUAUUUGCAGACCUGGCACGUCCAAUCUUGUUUGACAUUGAAUCGAAGAUGUUCCUGAUCCUCAAGCGCCUCCUCUUGGAGGCGGCAGGGGUUUUCUGGGUGACUUCAGGCACAACCUUGGAGUGUGAAAGACCGCAGGCAGCCCUGAUCACCGGUCUAUCACGGACGAUUCGGCAAGAACAACCGGACUUGAGUCUGAUAACAAUCGAUCUCGAUUGGAAGAAUUAUAACAAGACAUCAGACUCCUGCGCUAUCGUGAAUGUGGUCAGCGGAUGGAGCCGUGGUGAUAUUGACCGCGAGUUUGCGGUCCGAGAUGGACGACUGAUGAUUCCACGACUUCGGUUGGACCGGUCCUUGAACGGCCUUGUCUCUGCAGUAGGUGGGGUGCCUAGCAAGGAACUAGGUUUGUUAAAGCAACCUAAUCGAUGCCUGACGGUCGCUCUCGCAUCUCCGGGUAUGUUGAGCUCGAUAUAUUUUGAAGACGAUCCAUCGUACCAAACCUUGUUGGAAGAUGAUGCUGUGGAGAUCGAAGUCAAGGCUUCCGGACUCAACUUCAUGGAUGCCAUGGUCGCGUUGGAUCAAGUCCCAGAGCGGACCAUCGGCAUGGAAUGCAGUGGGGUUGUCUGCCGGACAGGAAGCGCCGUCAGCAAGUUCAAGUUAGGGGAUCGUGUGCUGACCUUGAAGCUGGGAAGUUUCAGCACCUUUGUUCGUAGUCCGGAAUGUAUGGUCCAUCCAAUUCCGGCGGAAAUGACUUUUGAGAUGGCUGCGUCAAUCCCGUUGAACUAUAUUACCGCGUACCAGGCGCUUGUGGAGGCAGCAAGAUUGAAAUGCGGAGAGAGUAUAUUGAUUCAUGGGGCUGCCGGAGGAGUGGGCCAGGCAGCCAUCAUGAUGGCCAAGGCCCUCAACGCAGAAAUCUUUGCCACGGUGGGCUCGCAAGAGAAGAGGGAUCAUCUACAACAAGCCUACUCCAUCCCCGACGACCACAUUUUCAACAGUCGCGACCUGACCUUUGCCUCUGGCAUCGACCGUUUGACCAACGGCCGCGGCGUGGACGUGGUGUUAAAUUCGCUGGCGGGAGAGGGUCUUCGACAGUCCUGGCUGCGAGUUGCACCCUUUGGACGAUUUGUCGAGUUGGGCAAACGCGACAUAUGUAGGUUUUAUUUAAACUGUCACCAUAACGCUAGCAUACUGAUUGAAGGUCUAGUGGAGAAUACCGGCCUUGAUAUGCGGCCCUUUAACCGAAGCGUCUCUUUUCACUCGAUCAACGUGACUGGGAUGUAUCAGAAGAGUGUCUCUCGCGCCGCCCAGGCUCUGGACAAUGCGCUGCAAUUCUACUAUGACCACGGCUGUCAACCAGCCUCUCCCAUGCAAGUGAUGGGUUACCCAGAAAUCUCGCGGGCACUGCAACUUCUGGCAAGUGGACAGGUGGUCGGCAAAGUAGUGCUGAAUGCCACUGAUAGCGAUAUGGUCAUGACUGUGCCUCCGUCGGUACCCCCGAUUCAGUUCGCGGAGGAUGCCACAUAUAUCAUUGUCGGGGGCCUAGGUGGUAUUGGACAGUAUAUCGCCCUCUGGAUGGCCGAUCAUGGCGCCCGGAAUUUCUUGUUUUUGUCCCGCCAAGGUUCUCACCAUCCUCAAGCGUCCGUUGUGUUCGAAGAUCUGUCCGCAAAGGGCGCACAAGCAACAGCGUACCAAUGUGACAUUAGUGAUGGAGAGCAGGUGGAGAGAGCAUUCAGGCAGUGCUCUGUAGAACUGCCUCCCGUGAAAGGUAUCAUGCAGGCUGCAAUGCUACUUUCGGAUGCCACCUUCACACAGAUGACUCCCCAUCAAUGGCAUUCAGGCAUCAAUGCAAAAGCAUUGGGAACAUGGAACCUGCAUUGCGCUGCGCCUGAGGGCCUUGAUUUCUUUGUGAUGCUGUCAUCUGAGUCGGGAGUGAUCGGCUGGCGUGGCCAAGGGAAUUAUGCGGCAAGUAACACGUUCCUGGAUGCCUUGGCUUAUCACCGGCGAGCGCUAGGUCGUCCCGGAGUAUCCAUCGACGUGGGCCCUGUAUUAGAUGUCGGGUACAUGGCCGAGAAACCCGAGCUCAGACGAUCCGUCCAGCAGCAGGGUCUGAUCGGGAUCAAAGGUGAGGAGCUCCUCUGUAUUCUCCAGGCGGCACUGCGGGAAACAGCAGACCACCAGGGCACCACAUGCCCCCAGUUGAUUCUAGGCGUUGCCACAGGGGGCUGGGCUGCAGGCCAAGGAAUCAGUCCCCCAUACUACCACGCGGCCGCCAAAAUGGGACAUUUGCGAGAAAUCGGGGCAGCCGGUCGCGGAGAUGACGGUACAAAGCAUGAGCUCCAAGAAAGCCUUGCUGGAGCCAGUAGCCUGGAGUCAGCCACGAGUAUCAUUUCCGAUACUCUCCGAAGUCGGUUAGCUCAGCAACUCGGGGUGGCAGUCGCGGAUAUCGACGCGUCGAAGCCAGUCAGCGCGUACGGGGUGGACAGCCUGACGGCGGUGGAGAUCCGGGCUUGGAGCAUCCGCGACCUUCAGGCGGAGAUAUCCAUCUUGGACAUUGCUAGCACCGAUUCGGUGUGGCUCCUGUCGACGAUUCUGGCCCGAAGUUCGGGUCUGACCCCACGACAUCUUCUGGAGGAACCAUGAUCGUCAAGGCGAGUACGAAAUACGCGAGUUUUCCGCGAUCGCGGAGGGCGCGGCUUGGCGUGCGACAGGCAGCAGAUCGGCCGAGGUAGAGAAAGAUUGAGAGUAUCUGUUUUGAAACUCAGUCAGUCAUGCUCCUAGUCAAUUCAGAAUGAGAAAGCUAUCUGGUACUAGUCCUGUCUGUGCCACUGAAAAGAUUUGGGUUGGUUUCCGAUUUAUGUAGUAGUCCCCAUCGAGAUAUAUUCUCAACAUCACAAGCUGCCCACUUGUCUCGAUGGGAUAUUAUAGCACCAAGCAUGAAGAAGACAUUCAAGCCUCACCAAUUAGAUAGGAUCUUAAAGGCGCAUGGUAGUUUUGAUGAAGAAUUCUGC